CGACCACCACUAGCGUUUUUCUCACUCGUGAAAAAAUUUCGACCCGGAACCCGUGUGCGUGCCCAUUUCUCCGUGGCAUUUCGCUAAUUUCUGUGCAAGAAAAAGAGAUUUUUCUCGUGUUUUCCGUGUUGUAACGUGAAUUAAAACACUCAGUGCAUAAUAAUGGCUCCACCAUCGUACUCCGAUCUCGGCAAACAGGCCCGCGAUGUCUUCAACAAAGGUUACCACUUCGGCCUGUGGAAGCUGGAUGUGAAGACCAAGACCAACUCGGGCGUGGAAUUCAGCACGAGCGGCCACUCGAACCAGGACACCGGCAAGGUGUUCGGUUCGCUGGAAACCAAGUACAAAGUGAAGGAGUACGGUCUGAACUUCUCGGAGAAAUGGAACACAGACAACACGCUCACCUCGGAGGUGUCGGUCGAAAACCAGCUGGUCAAGGGACUGAAGGUUUCGUUCGAUGGCAUGUUUGUGCCGCAUACUGGAAGCAAAACUGGACGCUUCAAGACUGCCUACUCGCACGACCGCGUUCGUGUCGAUGCUGACUUCAACGUUGACCUGAGCGGACCGCUGGUCAAUGCGUCCGGUGUCGCUAACUAUCAGGGCUGGUUGGCCGGUUACCAGGUUGCAUUUGACUCUCAGAAGUCGAAAAUCACCGCUAACAACUUCGCUCUCGGCUACUCGGCCGGAGAUUUUGUUCUGCACACCAACGUUAAUGAUGGCCGUGAGUUCGGUGGUCUGAUCUAUCAGCGGUGCAACGAUCGUUUGGAGACGGCCGUACAGCUGUCCUGGGCCUCGGGCUCGAAUGCCACGAAGUUUGGCAUGGCUGCCAAGUACGACUUGGACAAGGAUGCUUGCGUCCGUGCUAAGGUCAACAACCAGAGCCAGAUCGGUCUCGGCUACCAGCAGAAGCUUCGCGAUGGUAUUACUCUGACAUUGUCCACGCUCGUUGAUGGCAAGAACUUCAACGCUGGCGGCCACAAGAUUGGUGUCGCUCUAGAGCUGGAGGCCUAAGUGCCGUUUUUGUGUUCUUGCGCCCUUUUCCACCCCCCCACACUAGCCCCGUGCGCAAAACCAGGUGUUGCGGAUACGAUGAAGGGGCUGCAUUGGGUGUAGUUUGCAAAGUGUUUUAAGAAAUAUUAAACGAUCGAGGGAAUCCUUACCACAUA